AUGGGCGCAUACUACGAUGAAGUCGAAAUCGAGGACAUGGUUUGGGACGAAGAGAAGCGAGUCUAUCACUACCCAUGCCCCUGUGGCGACCGCUUCGAGAUCUCGCGCAAGCAGCUUAAGAAUUACGAGGACGUCGCAACAUGCCCAAGUUGCAGCCUCAUCAUCCGUGUAGUAUACGAUCCUCUGGACUUCGAAGACGACCCGUCAGAUGAUGAGCCAGACGAGGGCACCUCGGAGGAAGAAGGGGAGGAGGAGGAGGAGGAGGAUGACAGUGAGAGCGAGGACGGGGAGUUCGAGGAUGCUAUGGAGCGCCUCAACAUUUCCGACGAGCAGCCCCGGGCCAUCGCGGCUGCUGCAUGA